AUGACAACAUUUGUGUCUAAUCAUGAAACUAUCGAUCCAAUAUCAGAGGUGAAGCGAUGGAGUAGAACAGAGAAGAAAGAUAUUCAAGUACCACAACCCAAACUGAUAUCAGAAUAUAACAAAUACGUGGGUGGAGUAGACAAGAUGGAUUGGAAUGUUCAAAAAUACAGAAUCAGAAUAAGGAGGAAAAAAUGGCAUUUUGCUUUGCUUACUAAUGCCAUCGACGUAACACUGAUUAACGACCACGCACUGUAUUGUAUUUCAAAUGAUAAAAUUUCAUUGCUAGAUUUUAGGAGGAUGGUUGCUAGAGGAUAUCUUGCUUUAUCUUUAGAACUCUCAGAUGCAAAAAAGGGUGGAAGGAAUUCUUUCACUAAAGCAUCAAUUAAUCGUGUUCCUACUGCUAUCAGAACAUCUGCCUUUAGUCUUAAUGAAACGUUAUCAGUCAAAGCAGUUGAUCGAAAAAUCAUUUUUCAACAAUGA